AUGGGGAAAGCCAAGGUUAAAUCUAGCCUGGUUCACAGUCUGGCUGUUAGCUCAGCUACAGCCUCUAAGAGCCUUUGUCUGUCUCCCUCUUUUCAGCGUUGCACCCUCACCUCCUGGAUUAGGGACAACAUCAAGAAGAGGGAAUGUUGUUUUUAUGAAGAGGGUGGCAGAGAGGGUGUGUGUAAGUGUGGCUACCCUAAGCUCCAUCAUGUGGACGAGGCCAGCAAACCAGAAGACUCCACAGAGGAACCGUGGAACAAGCACAGACAUACCUGGGAAGUGCCAACUGAUGCAUUUGGAGAUGUCACAUUUGGUAGUGUGGGACAGAAGACGGGCAAAUAUGUGCGAGUGUCCACAGACACUCCCCCUGAGGUCCUAUAUCAGUUGUUGACUGAGCACUGGAACCUCACCCCUCCCAAUUUAUUGAUCUCGGUGACUGGAGGAGCCAAAAACUUCUAUCUCAAGGCCCAUCUUAAGAGCAUGUUCCACAGAGGACUUAUCAAGGUGGCUCAGACAACAGGUGCCUGGAUCAUCACAGGUGGUACCCAUACAGGUGUGAUGAAGCACGUAGGGCAAGCUGUGAGGGACUAUGCCUUGAGCAGCAGCUCCAUCGCAGAACAGAUAGUCACCAUUGGAGUGGCCACAUGGGGAACCCUCCAUAACAGGGAGGAGCUGGUGGACCCUGAAGGUCGCUUUCCUGCCCGGUACUCGAUGGACGUCCAGAGCCAAGGUCGACUGUCCUGCCUGGACAACAACCACUCCCACUUCCUGCUGGUGGAUGACGGGACCCAUGGGUCUUAUGGCGUGGAGAUUGAACUGCGCAGCCGCCUGGAGAGACUGAUCUCCAAGCAGCCCCUUGGAAGUAGAGAGAACGGUGUGAGAAUCCCAGUGGUGUGUGUGGUGUUGGAUGGAGGGCCGGGCACUCUAAAUACUAUCUUUAAUGCCAUGCUGAAUGGCACACCCUGUGUGAUCCUGGAGGGCUCGGGGAGAAUAGCAGAUGUGAUCGCCCAUGUGGCAGCGCUGCCCAUGACCCGGGUCACUAUAGUCCUCAUCCACCAGCUGAUGAGGAAGUUCUUUGGUCCUGAGUAUGAAACAUUUUCUGACCUCAGGAUUAUAGAAUGGACCAAGAAGAUUCAGGACAUAAUCAGGAUGCCUCACCUGCUGACAGUGUUCCGAGUACGUGAAGACAAGCAUGGGGACGUGGACGUGGCUAUUCUCCAAGCACUGCUUAAAGCCUCCAGGAACAGCGAGUCCCUGGGCCGAGAGGGUUGGGAGAGGCAGCUGGAGCUCGCCGUGGCCUGGAACAGGGUGGACAUCGCAGAGACUGAAAUCUUCACGGAGGAAAGCCAGUGGAAGUCCAGCGACCUGCAUCAGGCCAUGUUCUCAGCCCUGGUGGGCCACAAGCCUCAGUUCGUGCACCUGCUCCUGGAGAACGGUGUGUGUCUGAGGCAGUUCCUCAAAGUGGAGGACACGCUGUGUGAACUCUACAACCAGCUGCCCAGCUGCUUCUUCCUCCGCAAGCUGGCCAAGCGGGUCAAGGGUGAUUGCUGCGGCCGGGGGCAGGCGCUCCGCAUCAGACGCCGGGCCCACACAGGGGGCUGUACCAGUAUCUCAAUGAUUCACGUCUCUGACGAAGUACACCACCUCCUGGGCAGUUUCACGCAGCCCCUGUACCCUCCGUCAGCUGCGGGAUGCCGCCUCAACAUGUCUCUUGAGGAUACCUCUGUCACAUCCCCAGCUGAAGGUGAGACGGAUCUUCAAGCUGUAAACAGAGAGGAGGCUGGAGAGCCACUCAGAUGUCCAGAGAGAGACCUCUUCCUCUGGGCUGUACUUCAGAACAACAGGGAGCUGGCUGAGAUUGCAUGGGAACAGUGUAGAGACUGUAUGUCUGCUGCUCUGGCAGCCAGUAAGAUCCUGAAGAAGAUGGCUGAAGAAUGCAUCAACGGGGAUGCGGCAGAGGAGAUGAAAGAACUAGCCAGUCACUAUGAAGGACACGCCUUAGGUGUUUUCAAUGAGUGCCAUACCUGUGAUGAGGAGCGAGCUGAGAAGUUGCUGGUGCGAGUCUCGCCAUCCUGGGGCAGGACCACUUGCCUCAGACUAGCACUGGAGGCUGACGACAAGAACUUCGUAGCUCAAACAGGCGUGCAGGCUCGGUUGACCCAGAUCUGGUGUGGUGAGCUAGCAGUGGACAAUCCAGUGUGGAAAGUGCUGGUGUGCAUGCUGUUCGCUCCCUGCAUUUACACCGGCUUCCUGGCUUUCAGACGUGAUGAGCUUAUCCAGAGAGAAGCUGAGAGAAGUGCGGAGAUGAAAACCAUGGAGACCAUCACAGGAAGUGCAACACAAAAACUUUUGCCUCAAAAUAUCAGAAAACAUGUCUUCUGUGACCUCAGCUCCAACCCCCCAGAGCCUCUGAGCCGGUGGUCCAGACUGACGGGCCUUUACGGCUCCCCUCAGGUCAAGUUCUAUGGGAACAUUGUGUCCUACUUUGCUUUCCUGUUCCUGUUUGCCGUGGUGCUGAUGACCAACUUUCAGACCACGCCCUCAAGGAUGGAGGUGCUGCUGUACAUCUGGCUCAUCUCUCUGGUGUGUGAGGAGGUCAGACAGCUCUUCCAUGAUCCUGAUGGAUUUGGGUUUCACAAGAAAGUGAGGCUGUACAUCAACAAUCUGUGGAAUACCCUAGAUGUGCUCUCCAUCCUCCUCUUCAUUAUGGGUCUGGCGUUUAGGUUAAGAACUGAGCUGUUCUAUGCAGGUAAAGUUCUCCUUUGUAUCGACUUCAUCGUCUUCUGUCUCCGUUUAAUGGCCAUCUUCACCAUCAGCAGAACCCUGGGCCCAAAGAUCAUCAUAGUCAGAAGAAUGAUGAUGGAUAUGUUCUUCUUCAUGUUCCUGCUGAGUAUCUGGGUUGUGGCAUACGGUGUGGCCAAACAGGGCAUCCUCAUUCACAACGAGGAUCGGCUGGACUGGAUCAUCCGGGGGGCCGUGUACGAGCCAUACCUCAUCAUAUUUGGAAAUGUCCCCACAAACAUAGAUAAUGCCCAGUUUGACAUGGACUCCUGCAGCAUGAAUGGCACAGAUCCUCUGAAACCAAAGUGUCCUGUGCUGAACGAUAACCAGAUGCCAGCCUUCCCUGAGUGGCUCACCAUCAUCAUGCUCUGUGUUUACCUGCUCUUUGCCAAUAUACUGCUGCUCAACCUGCUCAUAGCCAUUUUCAACUUUACAUUUCAGGAGGUGCAGGACAACACAGACAGAAUCUGGAAGUUCCAAAGAUAUGAACUUAUCAAGGAGUACCACAGCCGCCCUGCUUUCCCUCCACCUUUCAUCAUCCUAAGCCACAUCUCUCUAUUCAUUAUGCAAGUGGUUCUGCACAAGCCGCCAAUCAAAUAUAAGGAGUUCAGGGAUGAGCUGCCUCCAAAAGAAGAAGAAGAGCUGCUGUCUUGGGAGGCCUUGAUGAAGGACAACUACCUGCUGUCUGCACGGCAGAAGCAAAGCCAAAGCACGAAGCAGCACAUCCGAGACACAGCCCAAAAGGUUGCCACCAUCACGGAGGGGCUGGAGCGAGAACACGAGACAGGGUCUGCUGCGGUGGUGAAAAGAAUAGCCCGACUAGAGGAGCAGGUCACCCAGUCAGCGAAAGCACUGCAAUGGAUUAUGGACGUUCUCAAAUCUCAGGGUCAUCCCACUAAAGAAGAAGCGCCGCAACUGAUCACAACAUCAGAGUGUGAAUCCUCAAACGGUGGGCGAGGAAAGGCAUCAGAGAGGAGCAAGGCAGGUCUCCAUGUCAAAGCUCGGCAGUUCAAUUACCAGGACAGCAAAGUCACCCGUUUCCCUGUGCCUGAAGAGAAAGUGCCCUGGGAGGUUAGCUUCACCUCGUACAUGCCCCCUCAUUAUGUAGCUGAAGAGGGUGGAGACCAGAUGGAUGGGUCAGAACCUGGGGCCUUAGAUAAUUAUAGAAACCCAGGAGGGAGGACAGGCAUCAGGGGGAGAGGUGCACUCCCCCUCCUGGGUCCUAAUCUAAAUGCAGACGUCAUCAUCACACAUUGGCGAGAUGCCGAGAGAGCCACCUUGGAAUUCCUGGCUGUCUGGGAUGGGAGUCAAGGGGCCUGGGCUUUACUGGGGGGGCCUGUUCAAACCAACGAGUUCCUGCCUGUGGCCCUUCAGGGAAUCUUGGGGAAGAGAGUGUUGGAGAAAAUACAUUCCAAGUUAGUGGAGCCAACCAAGGUGUUUCGGGGCUACGUAGAUGACUGCAGGAACACAGAUAAUGCAUGGGUGGAAACCACCGCCCUGAACAUUCACUUGGAUAAAGCAGACCCGCUUAUGCUUGACAUCAACGAAGUGGUGGUCAGGAGCCACGGCUCUGCAGAGAUGGUUCAGUGGCAAGAGGUGAGCAGCAAAACGAGGCUUUGUGCACACCAGAGAGACAAUCUGCGACGGGUAGCAGAAUUCCACAGCAGGAAGUUCUAAUGGUCCCAUUCCUGGCCUUUUAAUACUGCAGCUGUCUUUUAUUAUGUGAGCUUUGUUAUUCAUUUAUGUGGCCUUUAUUAGGACACAGUUAAUAUACACUAACAGGGAGCACUUAAAAACACUGGAAAUGAAACAAGAAAGCCAGCAGAUAUGCAGCUGCAGGUUAUUUUGUCAUCAUGUUGCACUAACACGGCAGGGCACUUAUCAGGACGCCUCUUGUCUCCAUGAGCUGAGCGCGUAUAUUUUGCAUACAGUGUGAUGAAUAUACAGGUUCUUAUCAGUAUAUUGUGAGUAGUGUCACUGCUCUGUUUGUUGGUUUGUUCAUGUAACACUGUGUAUGUGUAACCUGAUGUGUUUCAUGUAUCAGCUACGACCUACAAUAAACCCCACUUG